AUGGCACGGUUAGCUUUCACCAGGGGCAGGGCCUUCUCGGUUGUGGCCCUUACCCUGCAGAAGGCACUCUCGGGUGACGGCCGUGCCCUGCCAGACUUGUUCCGUUUCCACCGGGCGUGCAAGGCUGAAUUGUUUAGGUUGCCCUUUGGAGGAAUCACCAAGCUGCAGCAGCAUUCUGCAGCAAAGGAGGAGGCCUCUGCGCUGACGCUGGGGAGAGGCCUGCGCAGAGUGCGCAUCAUGACCCCCAUCUUGGUGUCACCACAGGUGACGGCAGCACCUGCUUGGCAGAGGAGAGGCCCUGAUCCUGCACCCCUCGGAGGGAAGCCGGGGGAAGAGCCAGACAUGGUCGCACGUGUCCUGCUGCUGCUCUUCCUGCUGGGGGGCUUGGCGCAGGGGCAGGCCUCGGCCACCGCGGGGACCCUCGAUCUGCAGAUCGACGAAGAGCAGCCUGCCGGGACCCUCGUUGGCGACAUCAGCGCAGGCCUCCCGCCGGGCACCAACACCUACAUGUAUUUCAUUUCCGCCCAGGAGGGCAGCGGGGUGGCCACCGACCUAGAGAUCGACGAGAACACGGGUAUCAUCAAGACCGCCCGUGUCCUGGACCACGAGAGCCGGGACCACUACAGUUUCAUCGCCGUCACCCCGGAAGGGGCCACGGUGGAGGUCCACGUGCAGGUCAACGAUAUCAAUGACCACGCCCCCGCCUUCCCCAGGCCGCGUGGCUCCCUCCAGAUCCCCGAGCACACGCCCCCGGGGAGCCGCUUCCCCCUCGAGCCGGCUUUGGACGCCGACGGCGGCCUGCUCGACACCCAGGGCUACGUGCUCAAGGGCGGGAACCUGGGCCAGGCCUUCCAGCUAGAGACCCGCCGGGGGCCCAACGGAGUCCUGCAGCCGGAGCUGGUGGUGGCCAGCGUUCUGGACCGAGAGGCCCGCCCCGCCUACACGCUGCUGCUCGAGGCCUACGACGGCGGCUCCCCUCCUCGCAGCUCCCAGAUGACCUUGGACGUCUCCCUCCAGGACAUCAACGACAACGCCCCGGCUUUCAACCAGAGCCGCUACCACACCCUGAUCCCGGAGAACCUCCAGCCCGGCAGCAGCAUCCUGCAGGUCUUUGCCCGGGACAGCGACGAGGGGGACAACGGGGCCGUGGUGUACGAGAUCAACCGUCGCCAGAGUGACCCGGAGCAGUACUUUGUCAUCGACGCGGCGACGGGGGUCAUCAAGCUCAACAAGGGCCUGGAUUACGAGUUGCGGAAGGUGCACGAGCUGGUGGUGCAGGCCCGGGACAAGGCCGUGCAUCCAGAGGUGUCCACGGCUUUCGUCACCAUCCAGGUGCGGGACUACAAUGACAACCAGCCCACGAUGACCAUCAUCUUCCUCAGCGAGGACGGCUCCCCCCGCAUCUCCGAGGGGGCCCAGCCGGGGCAGUUUGUGGCUCGCAUCUCCGUCUCAGACCCCGACUACGGCGAGUACGCCAACGUCAACGUCUCCUUGGAGGGGGGCGAGGGCAAGUUUGCCCUCACCACCAAAGACAACAUCAUCUACCUGAUCUGUGUGGACCAGCUGCUGGACCGGGAGGAGCGGGACUCCUACGAGCUGCGAGUGACCGCGACUGAUGCAGGAACGCCACCCCUGCGGGCCGAGUCGGCCUUUGUGCUCCAGGUGAUGGAUGUCAACGACAACCCUCCUCUCUUUGAUGCUCAGGAGUACGAGCAGACUGUCCCCGAGGUGGUCUAUCCGGGCAGCUUCGUGCUUCAGGUGACGGCCCGGGACAAAGACCAAGGGCCCAACGGGGAGGUCUGCUACAGUAUCAUGCACACUCCCCACACCCACUCCCAUUGGUUUGCCAUUGACCCGGCGACGGGCAUUGUCACGACCGCCUCCUCCCUAGACUACGAGAUCGAUCCCCAGCCCCAGCUCACAGUGCUGGCCACCGACCGGGGCAAGCCCUCCCUCUCCUCCACCGCUGUGGUCCGCGUGAUCCUGCAAGACGUCAACGACAACGAGCCCAUCUUCGAAAGCCCCUUCUACAACGUCUCCCUGAGGGAGAACCUGCCUCCCGGCACCUGCUUCCUCCAGGUCACAGCUACAGAUGCCGACAGCGGCUCCCUGGGCGCCGUCUCCUACUCGCUGGGCACCGGCCUCAGCAGCUCUGCCCCUUCCGCCUUCCGCCUGGGGGAGAAGACGGGUCAGCUCUGCACCGCGGGGGACCUGGACCGGGACGGAGGCCUCGCCGCCUACGACUUCACGGUCACCGCCGUGGACGGGGGCGGGCUCAGCUCUGUGGCAUACAUCAAGAUCUUCCUGGAAGACGUCAACGACAACGCGCCCGCUUUCUACCCGCUGGAAUACGCCACCAGCAUCAGCACCCAGAGUCAGCUGGGCUCCGCCGUGCUGCGGGUCAGCGCCCACGACAAGGAUGAAGGGCUGUUUGGGCGCGUGACAUACCAGAUUGCCGCUGGCAAUACCCCCUCGCUCUUUGCCAUCCAUCCGGACACUGGUGCCGUAUCUCUGCUGCGGAGCUUGGCGGGCAAAGCCAACACCUUGGUGCACCUGGAGAUUGCAGCCCGGGACGGAGGGGGGCUGGCCGCCCAGCCCAACGCCCGGGUCAACAUCAGCAUUGUGGCCGGCACCGUCUCACCUCCCGGCUUCGAGCGGGCUCAGUACUACUUCACCGUCCCGGAAGACACCCGGCCGGGCAGCAGUGUUGGCGCCGUCUGUGCCCACAACCCCCCAGGCCACUCGGACAGCGUGUUCUACUCCAUCUCCUCGGGAGACCCGCACGGCUACUUCUCCAUCGACCCAGCCUCAGGAGAGCUGCACACGCGCUUGGCCCUGGACCACGAGGCGCAGGCGGCCGUGUCCCUGGAGGUGCAGGCCCGCAGCGGCUCCCCGCCGGCCUACAGCAGUGCCCGGGUGCAGGUCAGCGUGGCCGACGUGAACGACAACGCCCCCGCCUUCCCAGUCCCGUCUGACUCCGUGCUGCUGCCAGAGGGGGUGGCACCGGGCACGGUCGUCUACACGGUGCACGCGGAGGACCGCGACAGUGGCGCCAACGGGCAGGUGCACUUUGAGCUGGCCCCCGGGGGGCCCGGCGCGUUCACGGUGGAGCCUUUCUCAGGCAAGGUGUGGCUCGUGGGGGCCUUGCAGCGAGAAACGGGCACUCCCUACCGGCUGGUCAUUCUGGCGCAGGACGGUGGGGUCCCACGGCUCAGUGCCACGUUCACGCUGCUGGUGCACGUGCAGGCGGAGGAUGAGCACGGGCCAGUCUUUGACACGCUCACUUACCGCGUGGAGGUGCGCGAGGGGGUGCCUGUGGGCACGCCUUUCCUGCAAGUGCGCGCGUUGGCACGGGACUCCCAGGCACCCCUCACCUAUCACCUGCGUGCCGACGGAGAUGCUGCCAGCUUCGGCAUAGUGCCGGACACGGGGUGGGUGAACGUGCGCAGCACGCUGGACCGGGAGGUGCAGGAGCUGUACGUGCUGACCGUCCUGGCUGUGGCCGGAGAGGGCGAGGGGCGCCAGACGGGCACCACCACCGUCCGCGUCACCGUCACGGAUGAGAACGACAACGGCCCUCGGCUCAGCGAGGAGCGCUACUUCUUCACGGUGGCCGAGAACCAGCCUGCUGGCAGCAGCGUGGGCCGUGUGAUGGCCAGCGACCGGGACGCCGGGCAGAACAGCCGCCUCUCCUACCGCCUGGUCCCACACGAGGGCAACUUCUUGAUCCACUCGCAGACGGGGGAGCUGAGCUGCAGGCAGGGCCUGGACAGGGAGCAGCAAGCCACCCACCAGCUGCAAGUCCUCGUCCAGGAUGGGGGCACCCCGCCACGCAGCGCCACGGGCACCGUCUACAUCACUGUCCUGGACGAGAACGACAACGCGCCCACCUUCUUGCACGUGGCCGAGGGCCGUGAGCUGCUUCUGCAGGUUCUGGAGGAGAAGCCGGCGGGGCUGCUGGUGGCCUCCUUGCAGGCCAAGGACCCCGAUGAGGGCGAAAACGGAACCGUCUUCUACUCGCUGGCAGGUGCGUGGGCAGAGCGCUUCUCCCUGCACGUGGCCACGGGGGAGUUGCGCACGGCCACCAGAUUGCGCCAGGCAGACUGCGGCGAAUACACCUUCACGGCAACGGCAAGUGACCGAGGCCCCAGUCCCCGAAGCACGACGGCAGCCGUGCGCAUCCAGGUGGUGUCCACCGCCCGCAUGCUUCCCCGGCCGGACACCACGGUCCUGACUCUCUAUCCCAUGGAGGGGCUGCAGCCCGGCUCCAUCAUUGGCUCGGUGGCUUCCCCGGAGCCGCUACCCCACGGGCAGGUGACCUACAUGCUGGUGGGAGGCGGGAGCGGAGACAGCGCCUUUGUGGUGGACGCGGCCACAGGGGACAUCUACGCGGCCCAAGAGCUGGACUAUGAGUCGGGGUCCCGGCACACCCUGCAAGUGAGCGUGGAAGACACGUUGCGCGGCUACCCCAGCCAGCGCCUGGUGCUGGUGGAGAUCCACGUGCAGGACAGCAACGACCACGCGCCCACCUGGGCCCAAGACCCCGUGACGGUGGUGGUCUCGGAGAGCGCCCCCUCGGGCACGUCCCUCUUCACCUUCCAGGCCCUGGAUGGCGACGGGCCGGGCCCGAAUAGCCAGCUGAGCUACAGCCUCCUGCCCCCGGAGGCGGGGCCCUCCCCCUUCCAGCUGGACGCGCGCAGCGGGGAACUGAGCCUGCGCAGCCCGCUGGACCGGGAGACCCAGGCGGCCCACCUGCUGGUGGUGCAGGCCACCGACCAGGCGCGCAACGUCAGCCAGCGCCGCUCAGCUGCCCUCACCGCGCACGUCUUUGUCAUGGACGAGAACGACAACGUCCCGGAGUUCCUCUCCCCGGCCGGGGUCGACCUUCCGGAGGACCAGCCCACCGGCUUCCUGGCUCUGCAGGUGCUGGCGCGGGACAGCGACCUGGGAGAGAACGGGCGCGUCAGCUACGCCCUGCGUGCGGGGAACGCGGAUGGGAGGUUCCACCUCAACCCGAGCACAGGGGCGCUGACCACCGUGAGGACCCUGGACCGGGAGGAGGUGUCCCAGCACAACUUGACUGUGGUGGCCACGGACCACGGCUCCCCGCGGCGCUCCGCCACACAGCUGCUGACAGUGCACGUGCUGGACGUGAACGAUGAGAUGCCGACUUUCCAGAGGAGCCACUAUGAGGCCAGCGUGGCAGAGAACUUGCCCGCCGGGGUCCCGGUGCUGCGGCUGCUCGCCACUGAUCGCGACCUGGGAGCCAAUGGACAGGUCUCCUAUGGCGCUUCCCCCGGAGAGGACUUCUCCAUCGACCCCACCACGGGCCUCGUCAGCACCCGGCGCUCCUUGGACCGCGAGGAGCAGGCGGAGCACCUGCUGACAGUGUAUGCGCGUGACGGGGGUGUGCCUCCGCACCAGACCAAGGCUUCGGUCCGCAUCCUGGUGGCCGAUGAGAACGACCACGCCCCGGCCUUCCAGAGUGACACGUACGCCUUGGAGGUGCCCGAGAACCAGAGCCAGGCGGAGGUGGUCACCGUGUGCGCCACGGACCACGAUGCAGGCGAAAACGGCCGCCUCUCCUACCAGCUGACGGCUGGAGAUCCGGAGAGGGACUUUGCCCUCAACCCCGUCUCGGGCAAGCUGUACAAAACGCAGGGGCUGGACCGAGAGCGGGUCCCCAGAUACGUGCUGACUGUGGAGGCCUGUGACCAUGGCUCCCCCCCUCGCUGUGCCCGCCUGGCGCUCCACGUGCAAGUGCUGGACCUGAACGACAACGCCCCCCGCUUUGCCCAGGAGGCCUACGCCGCGGAAGUCCCCGAGGACCUGCCCGUGGGCUCCCUGGUGCUGCAGCUGGCAGCCCUGGACCCGGACGAGGGCGCCAACGGGCAGGUGUCCUACUUUUUGGCCAAGGAGUCCCUGGGCACCUUCCAGGUGGAGCCACGGACGGGCCGCCUCACCGUCACCCAGGCCCUGGACCGGGAGCGCCGGGCGACCUACAGCUUCCUGGCCUUGGCCAUCGAUUCCUCCCCCUUGAACCCUCAGAGCGCCUCCGUGCAGGUCACGGUCACCGUCCAGGACGUCAACGACCACUUCCCCACCUUCCCGCUCAGCCCGCUGGCCGUCACGCUGCCUCGCAACACCCCCGGCAAGAGGGUGGUGGCCACGCUGCGCGCCGAAGACCACGAUGCCGGGGCCAACGCCUCCAUCCUCUACCGCCUGGCCGCUCCCACGCCGGCCUUUGCCAUCAACACGUACACGGGGGCCAUCCAGCUGCUGCAGCCCCUGUCAGCCCUCGGCCAGCGCCAGCGCACCUUGUUUGUCGUGGCCAGCGACCUGGGGCGGCCGUCGCUGUCUUCCACCGGGGUGGUGGUCGUUCACCUGCAGGAUGAGAGCUACCGGGGGGUGCGCUUCCCCCGCAGCAGCAGCGACGUGGCCCUGCCUGAGAACGCCGCGCCAGGCACCACCGUGGUGAGCCUCCCGGCCACGCACACGGCCGGCUCCUCGGGCCGCAUCACCUACAGCAUCGUCAGCGGCAACGAGCGGGGGGCCUUCCGCAUCCAGCCCGGCUCAGGUGUGGUUUCCGUGCAAAAUCCGGGGGUGCUGGACUUUGAGGCGAGCCCCCGCCUGCGCCUGGUGCUCCAGGCCGAGUCGGCCUCCUCUUCCGGCUUCCUGGCGGUUCAGGUCAACCUGCAGGAUGUGAACGACAACCAGCCGCGCUUCCAGCUGCAGAAUUACGUGGCUUUCAUUCGGGAGGCCCAAGGCUAUGACUCACCUGUCAUCCAGGGGGUGGUGGGGGUGGGAGACACCCUCCUGGGCACGGAGAUCACCAUGGUGACGGGCAACGACGUGGACUCUGGCCCGCCGCUCUCCUACCUGCUGGUGCUGGACAGCAGCGCAAGGGGCACCUUUGGCAUCCUGCGCUACGGGGGCCGCAUCACGCUGAUGGGGCCGCUGGACUACGAGCAGCGUCGCCACUACGUCCUGACCGUGCGCGCCUCCGACUGCCAGCACGAGACAGAGGCCAACCUCACCGUGCUGGUGGAGGACAUCAACGACAACGCGCCCCACUUUGCCCAGGCCCUGUACCAGGUGCUGCUGCCAGAGCACACCCCGGCCGGAAGCCCCAUCCUGACCCUGAGUGCUGCAGAUCUGGACUCCGGCACCAACGGGGAGGUCGCCUACCGGCUGGCCACGCCAAGCCAGGCCAUCGCCAUUGAUCCACACAACGGGACCCUCUUCACCACGCAGCCCCUUGUUCUGGAGCCGGGACACUCCACGCUGGACGUCCGGGUGGAGGCCCACGACAGGGGCUCUCCCCGGCUCUCGGCCUGGACCACGGUGCAAGUCCAGGUGCUGGACGUGAAUGACCACGGGCCUCAGUUUGCGAAGCCAUGCUACAACGCCAGCGUGGCUGAAGACCAGCGGCCGGGUACCACGGUGCUCACCCUGCACGCCACAGAUGGCGACGUGACCCGGGACAACGCAGCCUUGGACUACACCAUCGUCAGCGGCAACAGCGGGCACGCCUUCCAGUUGGAGGGCCAGGCGGGCAGGGCCAGCGCUCUGGUCCUGGUCGAGCCCCUGGACUUUGAGGCGGUGGCCAUCUACAACCUGACUGUGGCCGUGGCCGACCGAGGCGUGCCCCAGCGCAGUGCCAUCGUGCCAGUCGUUCUCACCGUGCUGGAUGCCAACGACAACCCACCCGUGUUUGGCCGUCCGACCUACCACAUGGCUGUGAGCGAGAGUGCCGUCCCCGGGACAGAGCUGCUCCGUGUGGCCGCCCAGGACCCCGACUCGGGGCCCCACGGCCAAGUCCACUACCGCAUCAGCUCCGGCGACCCCGGGGGGCUCUUCCACUUGCACCCCUCCACGGGAGCCCUCCGCCUCUCCCGGGCUCUGGACUGCGAAGAGCAGGCCCAGCACAGCCUGGUGGUGCAGGCCUCGGACGGGGCAGGCGGCGGACACUUUGCCCUGGCCUCGGUCACCAUCGAGGUGAAGGACGUCAACGACAACGCCCCUUACUUCCCGGUGGAGGUGCUGAGUGCCAGCCUCAGGGAGAACCUGCCCCCUGGCAGCGUGGCCACCACCGUGCGUGCCGUCGACACGGACGCGGGUGUCUUUGGGGAGCUGCACUACGUCCUGCUGCAGACAGAGGGGCGGGACGCCUUCAGCAUCAACAGCACUUCCGGGGAACUGCGCUCUCGGCUGCCUUUCGACUUCGAGCGCAGCAAGUCUUUCCAGCUGCAGGUCCAGGCCACGGACGCGGGCAACGCCUCGGCCACGGCCACCGUGCGCAUCCUGGUGACUGGAGAAGACGAGUACGACCCGGUCUUUCUCAGCCCAGCCUUCGGCUUUGAGGUUCCUCAGGGGGCACGCCAGGGGCACAGCAUCGGGCACGUGGUGGCCACGGAUGAGGACGAGGGCCCAGAUGGGGUGGUGCUCUACACCUUGGCCAAGCCGUCUCCCUUCUUUGGGAUCAACCAAACGAGCGGCACCAUCUACUUGCGCGUCGACAGCCAGGCGCCGGCGGGGAGCCCUCCCAAGCGGGAGCCGCGGGAGAUGGUGCUGGAGGUCCAGGCCCACAGCCCCCUGCCCGCCUCCCGCUCCGCCGCCGCCCGGGUCACCAUCGACGUCACGCACACGUCCCUCGGGCUGGUGCCCGACCUCAACCUGCUGCUGGUGGUGGCGGUGGCCGCCUCGCUGGGCGUGGUGGUGGUGCUGGCGGCCGUGGCCCUCGUGCUGGCCCUCGUCCGGUCUCGGCGGAGCCGUUGCCGCAAGGAGGCGGACUUGGCCCACGUGAAGAGCGGCUCCUUGCAGAAGCUGGGCCACGCGGAGCCAGCCCUGCCCGGGGGGGACUGCCUCUACCACGAGGCGCUGCCAGGCUACGGGACGGAGGCCGCCGGGCCCUACGCCAGGGGUGGGUCGCUGGACCCCUCACACUCGAGCGGCCGGGGCUCCGCUGAGGCCGCCGAGGACGACGAGAUCCGCAUGAUCAACGAAUGCCCCCGCAUGUCCAGCGUCACCUCUUCCCUGCAGGAGCACCUGGCCGCCCGGGGACCGGACUCUGGUAUCCAGACAGACGCGGAUCGUCUCUCCGACGUGUCCUGCGAGCCGGCCACUCUCGACGCAUCCCACUGGUUCAAGAACAGGAAGGGGCCCGGCCUGCUGCUGCCUGGGCAGCCCCCACAGCUCUACCGAGACGACGGGAGCGGCAGCGUCGCCUACCUGGGGGCCGGCUGUGGCCUCAACAUCUCGGCCACCAAAGACUACUCCUUCCCAGAGGACGGGAAGCCGUGCGUGGACGGCUCACUCACGGCCAUCGUGGCGAGUGACGAGGAGCUCCGCGGCAGCUACAACUGGGACUACCUCCUCAACUGGUGCCCGCAGUUCCAGCCCCUGGCCAGCGUCUUCACGGAAAUUGCGCGCCUCAAGGACGAGAGUUCCCUGCGCAAGCCCUUCCCCACCAAGCCCAAGCCCCGCAUCGACCCCCCGCCACUCAUCACCUCGGUUGCCCACCCUGGCGCCAAGUCCGUGCCCCCCAAGCCUGCCGUGGGCCGCGCCUUCCCCCACCUCUCCUCCUUGCGACGGUCACCCAUCAGCCACGAGGGCUCGCUCUCUUCGGCGGCCAUGUCGCCCAGCUUUUCCCCGUCGCUCUCGCCGCUGGCUGCCCGCUCCCCGGUCGUCUCGCCCUUUGGGGUCUCCCAGGGCCCCUCGGCAUCCGCCAUAAGCACUGAGCACGCGUCGGAGGCCCCCGAUGGGGCGGAGCUCUGCAUCUAG